AUGGCAGCAACACGAUUCAUCCUAGCGCCGAUCGGUGGUGUCUUUGUAGCCACCUCGCUACUCUACACCUUUCGUCACACCAUCGCAGUUCGAACACACGACACUGCUGUCGCACUCAACCGCAUCAAGCUGCAACUCAACGAUAUCGAUCCAGAUAAUUGGGACAAGCAAGGCAAAGAGCGUGUUACUCGCCAAAAGCUAAGGCCGGCCUAUGUCGCUCCUGCACGACCCUCUGUCACAGAAGAGAUCAAGGCUCGAUGGAACGAACACCUGAUUGGAGCAGUAGACAAGCUCAUCAACGCCAACUACUACGAUCUCUUCGCAAAUGGGAUGGUCUUUGCUAAGAACAUGAUCUCCGAAAAGCUCGGCAAUUCUGACCGCUCCUCCUCCUCGUCAUCCAACGCAUCAGUGGGAACCCCUCUAGCAACGCAACAGACAGCAACAGGUGGCAUCAAAACCGGUGUCAUCGACACUCAACACGUUUCGCUUCGGAAUGAGAGCAGCGCAGCAUUAGCAGCAAGAGACGCUAUUCGUGGAGCAGGAAGCAGUGUUGGAUCUCGUCUUGCAAGAGCUGUUGGAAUGGAUGCUGGGAAAGUGGACAAGGUAGUUGAGGCAAAGACAGGAGCAGGUUUGGGUAGAGUUGCAGAUGGACCGGCUGGUCGUACUUUCUACCUUGGCGAGGGGACUAGUUUGCGCUGA